UUGCCGUACAAAAACAAAUAUGGCGUCUUCCGCGGAUGUCCACGUCCGAAUUUGCGGACAAGAAAUUAUAAAAUAUGACCUAGAAAUUAAGGCUAUCGUUCAGGACAUCAGGGAUUGCCCUGGACCUCAGUCAACUCUCAUGGAGCUCAACUCUCAGGUCAAAGAGAAGUUCAACAAGCUCAGACUCAGAAUACAGGAUCUGGAGCAGAUGGCCAGAGAGCAGGACAGAGAGACGGACAGACUGGCCAUCCAGGCAGAGACAGAGAGCCAGCGAAAGCAAAUGCUGAGUAACCAGACAGCGUGGAGGAAAGCUAACCUGGCCUGUAAACUAGCCAUAGACCACACGGAGAAGGACGAGCUGCUGCGUGGAGUAGAAAACCAGAGCACCAGACAAAGGAAGGUGACCAAAGAAGGCCUAGUAGAAACCAGUAGCAACAUCACGGAGAGUCUGAUGUCUAUGAGCAGGAUGAUGGCUGAACAGGUGAAGCAGAGCGAGGACACUAUCGGCACACUGGCCACUUCCUCAAGGACAGUACAGGAAACCAACGAGGAGUUUAAAAGCAUGACAGGAACCAUUCACCUGGGGAGGAAACUGAUCCUCAAAUACAACCGGCGGGAGCUGACAGACAAGCUGCUCAUCUUCCUGGCUCUGGCCCUCUUCUUCGCCACCAUCCUCUACAUCCUUAAGAAACGUCUCUUCCCUUUCAUUUAGCUGCCUGGCUAAAGAUCUCAACCAGUCUGCAGGCUUUUAUUUCACUCAGCAGAAAGUUAGGUAUGGACUACGUGCAGAGUUGGAAGCAGUACUAAGACUGGACCUUUUGAACAUAGAGACAAGUGUCAAGGGAACAUUUAUUUUUAGCUUAACAAUAUGCAAUCUGUGAGAUAUUAAAAUGGGUAUAAAGGGUGAACUUAAAUUGGUAUUAGUUUCAUGCAACAGUCAUAGGGUUAAAGCCUCAGCAUGCUUCAAAAAUGUGUGUACUGUUUAACCAUGUCUAAAGGCAAAAGUUUGUAUACCUCUUGCCAAUAGCCACACUCAAAGCCAGCUGUCAUAGCCUCCUCCUUCUUCCCACAUCACAAGAGCUAUGGCUUUUUAGUGACUUCUCGUCUUUAAGCGGCGAUUUAUACAAAUAAAGAUAAGGGUGCAAACUCUCCGGUAGUCUUCUCCUCAGAGGCUGUGACAGUGUUGCAUGAAAAGCGUCAGCAGUGGAACAGCAUUGAGAGAAGUUCAAAUUCUGUCAAAUUUACACCUCUGCACUUCUGAUGUGACUGAUUUAGAAAAGCACUUUGAAGCAUUCUGAGGCCUUAGUACUUUAUCUGGCACUAAAAAGGGUCAAAGCCAUAGUAUACAACAAAUCUCACUGUGUUUACUUUUUGUCAAAUUACUAUCUGUGAGUGUGUUCAACAUUGAAGGAAUAUGUUUAUCUGCUCUGGACGGCUAUCCCAAAGACGCCAUUGUUGCAGUUAUCGACUUCCUUCUUUCUGACGUCUAGACAACUGAUUUAGAAAUCUGAUGACUUACUUAACCCGUAAAAAGUAAUCUGCCACAUUAAGUUAGAGACGUAGUGAAUGUUGAACAAUGCUUGUUAGAAUAAAGUUGAAUACAUUGGAGUGAAGCAUAAACACAGAUGUGCCACUAGAUGGCAGGAUACACAAAAUUUACCAACAUCAGAGAUGUUUUAUCGUUAAAAAAAACAGGUCUGACUGACUAACACACUUUUCUCUGUCAAGUGACAUAAUUGUAGUUUAUUUAAUUUCAAUCAAAAUGAGUACACAUGUAUUUUUUAAUUAUUUUAAAUAAAAAGUUACAAAACUAGC